GUCUGCGUGCAGGUCUGUUGGCAAAAGCCCUGCGUAGCGCCGCGCUCCUUCCCAUCAGUGCGCACAGAUCUCACAAAUAGCACCAAACAGGAUGAAUCUUUAGUUGCACAUUGGCAUGAAAGGAUUAUAAGAGAAACAUGUUUUUUUCCCCUUUUCUUUCCUUUUCUAUUUUUUGGUAAUUACUCGUAACUUGUGUAAGUGCGCUGGAGCAUGGCACUUAGUUUAGCACUUCGGACUCGCGCAGAAUACAGACAGAAGGUUGUGAACAUUUUCAUUUGGCAGCUUUAACAUAUUUUAGGCAGAUAACUUUGCGGCAUGGAUCUUGAUUUGCGGAAUGAGACAUUUAUAGAGUGCGUCCGAGUGCUUCAGGACUUGAUGCAGAGCGGAGCGGUGAAUGGGAGCUUGGAGGCAGCAAACAUCUCUUGUGGCAACGCUUCCACGCUGCUCAUACCACAGCAAGUCAGGCAAGAGGAGGACCACACACUCCGGAUCCUGCUCUACUCGCUCAUCUUCUUCUCAAGUGUUUCUGGCAACCUGCUGAUCAUCGUGGUGCUCACAUUCAAUAAGAACAUGCGCACUAUCACCAACACCUUCCUGUUGUCUCUCGCCAUGAGCGACCUGAUGAUGGCCAUAUUCUGCAUGCCUUUCAACUUGAUCCCCAGCAUUCUCAAGGACUUUGUCUUUGGAGCUCUGAUGUGCAAGAUAGUGACCUAUCUUAUGGGCACAUCAGUGAGCAUCUCCACAUUUAACCUAGUUGCCAUAGCCCUUGAGCGCUACAGUGCCAUCUGCAAGCCUCUGAAGUCCCGGGCGUGGCAGACCCAGUCCCAUGCCUACCGUGUGAUUGCUGUUACAUGGGUGCUGGCCUUCAUCAUCAUGAUCCCCUACCCGAUCAUCAGUCACCUCAGGCCAUUCAAGCGUUCUGACAACACCACAGCACACCAAUGUCGCCACAAGUGGCCUGUCGCAACGGCAGAGCAGACCUGGUAUGUUCUUCUUCUGCUUGUGCUGUUCGCGAUUCCAGGAGUGGUGAUGAUUGUUGCCUAUGGACUGAUCUCCAGGAAGCUUUAUCGAGGCAUCCGAUCCGAGACCGCCCUCAACAAAGAAUCUACUGAUGUGAAGAAUGGGCUUGCUUCCUGUGGGCCGAAUAAUCCUGAUGAUGAAGAUGGUUGCUAUGUUAGUGUGCGCCCAAGCUCAAUGGAGAUGAACCCCAUGUCUACAUCAACCCAAUCCAUGAAGAUACACAGACCCCGCAGCAACACAUCGGGAGCCAAUCUGGAGGCCAAGAAGCGAGUCAUACGUAUGCUAGUGGUCAUCGUUGUUUUGUUCUUUCUCUGCUGGAUGCCUCUGUACUGUGUGAACACCUGGCGGGCUUUUGAUAACGUCUCCGCCGAACGUGCCCUCUCUGGGACGCCCAUUGCAUUCAUCCAUUUGCUGAGCUACACAUCUGCUUGCGUCAACCCAAUCAUCUACUGCUUCAUGAACAUGCGUUUCCGUAAGGCCCUGCUCGGCACUUUCUCUUGCUGCUUUGCGCCUUGCUGUCAACAUUGCCGCCGCUGUAAGCCGAGUGACAACGAGGAGGACGGUUUGGCAGCCGGGGCGUCCAUGUCCAGGUUCAGUUACACCAUAGUCAGUACCAUGGGAACCUGCUGAAGCCAGUUUCUACAGCAACACAAUACCCACGUCCUUUGUUUUUAGACCAUUGCUAUAAUCAUAGGUGCAAUCGUAGAACACAUGAAAUGAAACGCAAUCAUACAGUGUGAAUACCCUUAUAGAGCUACAAAAAAAGCACAAAAAUGCAGUUUGUAGUUAUUUCUUAUCAGAGUGGCUGAAGGCAAAUUAUUAGCUUAAAUCUUUGCAGUGGUGCAUGUGGGUUUAUAGCUGUGGUUUAAACUCAAGAAAAGGAGUAAAACUAUAUUAUAUAUGACAGAGGAAGGCUGUUAGUUACAUGUCAUUAUGUAGCUACAGAAGGUCAAUCUUCUUAAAAACUGUGUUUUAUAUUCUGCUGUCAGAGUAAAACUGAAUGUGUUAAUGAUGGUACUUUAAUUGCCUUGUGGCGUAAGUGCCUGCUUAUGAAAACAAUGCUGCUUUCGUUUUGUGUCGAUCUGCCUCAUUUAUUACUGGCGUCAUAGUAGCAGGAAGAUGGAAAGUUUAAGAGUUUAGAUGUGGAGUUGAACUGAAAAAAAAUACUUCAAGUUAUAAAAUGUGCUUAUUAGAGCUGAUGAAGUAGGUUGAAUGUUCAAAAACAUGCAGAGCAAUGUUGGCCACUUGGAAAUAUUAUAUAAACUUUAUAUUGUACAGUUCUUCUGUGAAAAUAUGUUAGGAAUAGAAACUUUUAAUCUCUUCUAUUAUUUUGUUGUUGCUACGGUGUAAGAAAAACUAUAUAACCCAAUCUGUGCCACAUAUUCUGUUUCUAUAGAAUAUGUCUUGUGUAAAAACAUUAGUAUUUCAAUGAACAUAUUAAAUGAAAGAGCAUAAUUUAACUGGGCCUUUUUCAUUUCUGAUGUAUCGUGUAUUAUAAAAUAAAAAUAAAUGUUGGUUUUCAUGCUGCAACUUGGACAAGAAAAGGAAAAUUUAGAUGGAAAAAUGCCACUAUUGCUUUGAAGGUUAUAGUUCAGAUU